CGUAAUGUAUACGCGCACUGGAUCAUUAUUCAUUCCCCUUCUCCCAUCAAUGUAUAUAUGUUCCACCAGAUCGCCCUGCUCUCCGCUGUUAACUUACAUCUCAAGCUAGCCGCCCUCUCAGUACUCUUCUCCAGAUUUAGCAAGUGCUGAGGCUACGUUUGUCUCACAGAGCCAAUUUCUCAACGCAAACUUCUUCCUGAGGAUUGAAAAAACACAUCAACGACAAUGGGUAAGCUGUUGCUCCUAAUUUCUUUAGUUGUUCUGGCAUUCAACGCCGUCCCUGCUGCAAAUGCGCUCGUGCCAUACAGCCCCAGGUCCCUGUGGGACGCUAUGCUCCCCUCCGUGUUCGAAGACCCCUUCAGAGCGCUGGAACAAAUCCCUCUGGCCGUGCCUAGAGGCGCCGACGACACUGUCGCCCUGGCUCGCGCCGACUGGAAGGAGACCCCAGCCGCCCACCUCAUCUCCCUGGACGUCCCCGGCUUCACCAAGGACGACGUGAAGAUCGAGGUGGAGGAGAACCGGGUGCUCAGGAUCACCGGAGAGAGGAAGUGUGAGGAGGAGAAGGAGGGGGAGACGUGGCACAGGGCGGAGCGCACCGCCGGCAAGUUCUGGAGGCGGUUCAGGCUGCCGGCGAAUGCUGAUUUGGACUCCGUCCAGGCUCAUCUGGAGAACGGGGUGUUGAGGAUCACGGUGCCCAAGCUCGCCGAAGAGAAGAAGAGGCAGCCCAAGCUCGUCCACAUCGCGGGGGAUUCCUCUGCCGCCGACGACAUUAAGACCACCAAGGUCGAACUGUAGAAGAGAAAAAGAGCUCAGCGGGGAAUGCCGAUUAACUACGCCUGAUUCACAGCCACCCCAUCAAAUCAAUUAGCUUUUUGUCCGUAAUAAAUAAAUUAAUGUGUGUGUGUGUGUGUGUGUGAUGCCAUGCAUUGGUGACUGCGCUUUAAUUGCAUCACAACUCGUGUGAAUGUUCUUUCUUUUUGUGAGAGUGAUUGUAUAACUUGAGUGAAGGGUUCUUGUGUGGCUUGGCUUAUGUAUCAGAAUUUCUAUUUCCGAAAUCUUGGCUUCUUGCGUGGCUUGGUUUAUGUAUCAGAAUUUCUCUUUCCGAAAUCUUGGUAAAAAUAUAUGUAUUUUUCUUUCAUAUAUAUAUUGUAAAAUAAUUUUUGUUCCUCCUGAAAUGAUACUUCCGGUGAGCUUAUGUAUCAGAAA